AUGCCAAAAUCUAGUGCGUUCGCUUACAGUGGCUUCUACUAUCCUCGGGUUUUUAUCAGAGGACCAUUCUCGAGCUGUGUUUUUGAAGAAAUGGCAUUCUGGGCUACACCAUCUCGAAUAAGAAUGCGAAAUAUACAUUUUGUCAACUGCCUUGAGAUAUGGAAAGAGAUUGAAACUGGUGAAAGGGCCAAGAGUCGUCUGGCAUCCAAAUGA